CUAAGGCCCUUUUAUAGUAAUAAAACCUUCGGUAAGUGCUUACAUUUUGAAGGUCAUCAUCUUUAUAUACCUUUAUUCUCUUUUCCAAGCCAAAAAAAAUUUUUUUUUCCUGACCUUUCUAUUUAUUCGAUUUUGCCCAAAUUUUGUAAGCUUUCGCUUGAUCGGGUAGGAAUUGAAUUGAAUAGAAGGAAUUUUCAGGGAAGAGAAAGGACACAAAUUUUUUUGAGGGAAAACUUGUGUCAUUGUGUUCGUAUAUUUUUUUUAAAUGGAAUUAAUUUUUUGUUUAAUCUUUAGUCGAAUUAGUGUAUUUGGGGAAAAUACUUUUAAUUUUUAUGCUAAUACUUUGCUUUAUUUCAAAUAUGCCUUAGCUAGUUCCCUAUAUUUUUGGGGUAUUUUAUUUAAAAUUAAUUUAUACGAACUGUUAAAAAGAGCAAUCCAAACUACCGCAAAUACACGUUCUUUUUCUUUAAUAAAAUAUAAUAUCUCUAUAAGUAUUAUUACUAGAGCCCGGAUUUUUAUGCAUUAAAAAAUGCAAAAUAUGCACUAUAAUAUGUAUAAAAAAUUGCCAAAAUAUGCACAAAAAUAUGCAAGUAAACCAAAAUAUACACGCAUAUAUGCAUGAAAAAUACCAUUUAUACCUAAAAAUUUUACAUAUUUUUAGUCUAUACGGUUUAAACACCUAUUUUUUAUUUAGAUUUCUC